AUGGCUUUGAAGAUGAGUUCAACUGGAACUACAACAUUGGGGGCUGAGCCGAGAACUGACGUCCUUAUCAAAGCCGUUCUCGCCCUCGAGGACAAGAUCGCCUCUGAAGUUAAUGCCGCCUACUUUCGUUCUCUCGAACCGGUUGGCAACGCCCUCUACGAUGCCCUUAAGGAUGACCCGAAGUUUAUUGAUGCUGCCACUAACGCCGACGAAUUUCUCACGGUCCUCGCGGGUGACUUGAACGCCCUACAACAAUCACUUGCCGAGGAUCUCCUAUUCCCAUAUCCGACCUCCGCCGAGCCUUACCAAGGAACUUGGCUGUAUCCAACGCUACG